GUACCAUAGACUGUCUCAAGCUCAACUCUCCGUGCCGCUAUUACUGCAAAUGUAUGUAGAAGAUCGAGUUACAAGUACGCCCCAUCUUUAAACUCUUGUCUAUGCGCAGUUAGUCGAAGGACAACGGGACAGGCAAUAUACGUCCUAUGCCAGCCGUCAGAGAAGGGUCAACGCCUAUGCCUUGACUACACUCUCUGGUUGAUGGGCAGCUAUCACAUCUACCGGGAAUAAAAGACAUGAUUGAGACAAUGGAUACCCAGCGUGCCUUGCAGGCAGUGGAGCGGCUCCAGGCCAAGCUGAAGGAGCGGGGGGAGGUCCCCACCGAGGAGAAGCUAAGCUUGCUCAAGUCGGUGCUCCAAAGCCCCCUGUUCCACCAGAUUCUGGCCCUGCAGAAGUCUGUCCAGCUCCUCAAAGACCAGGGGGGUGGUGUCACAGCAACAUUUGGCGGUGACCUGAGUGAAUGCUACACAACAGCCCAUGCCAAUGGCAGCCAUCUUGCCUACCCAGAAUCCGCCACUGGUACACAGAUCAAUGGGAAGCCGUCUCCUGAGGAGUUUGAGCACAUCAUUCGCUCCAUGGCUCAGGGGCGCUACGUGACACACAUGGAGCUGGUGAAGCCGCUGUCUGGGGGCCUAGGCUUCAGCGUGGUUGGUCUGAGGAGUGAGAACCGCGGGGAGCUGGGCAUCUUCGUCCAGGAGAUCCAGCCCGGGAGCGUGGCCCACUGCGAUGGGAAUCUGAAGGAGACAGACCAGAUCUUGGCCAUAGACGGUCAGCCCCUGGACCAGACAGUGACCCACCAGCAGGCCAUAGGCAUCCUGCAAAGAGCAUCUGAGCGUGUGCAGCUUACUGUGGCCAGAGGACCCAUCCCUCAGCUGGCCAGCCCCGUGGUGUCCCGCACGCCCUCCGCUGCGAGCACCCUGUCUGCCCACUCCAGUGCGGCCCACUGGAAUCAUGUGGAGACCAUCGAGCUGGUCAACGACGGGACAGGCCUGGGCUUUGGCAUUGUGGGAGGAAAGAACACCGGUGUCAUUGUCAAAACCAUCCUGCCUGGAGGCAUCGCUGAUCAGGAUGGGCGUCUGCACAGUGGGGACCACAUCCUCACGAUUGGGGACACUGACCUUUAUGGCAUGGGCAGUGAGCAGGUGGCUCAGGUCCUGAGGCAGUGUGGUAACAGAGUGAAGCUGGUCAUCACCAGAGGCCCUCCAGAGGAGACCUCCAUCGUCCCAAUGGCGUUGCCCACUGUCACAGAGCAACAGGGCUAUGAGGAAGAGGAGGCUGAAUCGUUCGACGUCGGGCUGACCAAGAAUGCCCAGGGUCUGGGAAUCACUAUCGCCGGCUAUGUGGGGGACAAAAAUUCCGAGCCCUCUGGUAUUUUUGUGAAAAGUAUAACUAAAGACAGUGCAGUAGAGCAAGAUGGCCGCAUCCAUGUUGGGGACCAGAUAAUAGCCGUGGACGGGAUGAAUAUCCAGGGCUACACCAACCAGCAGGCCGUGGAGGUGCUGAGACACACGGGCCAGACGGUUCACCUGAAGCUGGUCAGAAGUGGCUUCCGUCCAGAGGACAUCCCACCCGCUGUGGUGCCCAGUGUGAUCGUACUUCCACCAACCCCAGGGGGCCGAGACCCCACACUGGAGAGAACAGAUGUUGUGGACACCACCGCUCAAGGUGAGAAACAGUACCAGGCAUUGAGUGGGGAAUCGGAUGACUCCACUGUGAAGGAUCAGUUAACUAAGAACACAAGAGACGAAGCAAAGUUAACAGAGGAUGAAGAGUUGGAGCUGAUGAAGAAGUGGCAGGAGACGCUCGGCCCCAGCAACAAAGUAGAGAUUGCCCAGGUGGAGAAGUUCAGUGAGAGCAGUGGUCUGGGCAUCAGUCUGGAGGCCAACAACGGGCACCACUACAUUCGCUCUGUCCUGCCCGAGGGGCCAGUGGGCCGCUGUGGGAAACUCAUCAGUGGGGACGAACUGCUCGAGGUCAAUGGAAUAUCCCUGAUUGGUGAGACCCACAAGGAAGUGGUGAGGAUUCUGAAGGAGCUUCCUGUCUGUGUCUACAUGGCCUGCUGUAGGCCCGCCCCUCUCCUUCAGAGUGACAGGGAUUCUGGCCAAACAGGGUUGGAUGAAUUUUCCACUGAACCUAAAAUUAAGAUACAGGGAGACCUCAGCAGUUUCUUGGAUCCCGGAGGUUCCGAGGGGGCGGCAACAAGGGAAAAUGUGACGGAGGAGACUCUGGGAGCUCCUUUGGCCAUGUGGGAGACGGAAAUACAGGACAUCGAGCUGGAGAAGGGAGAGAGUGGACUGGGAUUCAGCAUCUUGGACUACCAGGACCCAAUGGAUCCGGCCAAGACGGUGAUCGUGAUUCGCUCUCUGGUGCCAGAAGGAGUUGCCGAACGGGAUGGCAGGCUUUUGCCAGGCGAUCGGCUCAUGUUCGUCAACAGCACCAAUCUUGACAACGCCAGUCUGGAGGAAGCCGUCCAGGCACUGAAGGGGGCUAACAUCGGAAUGGUUCACAUUGGGGUGGCCAAGCCACUGCCUCCAUACAAUGAAGAGGACAGUCCGUCGUCAUCCUCUGGAAUCAGUUUUUUUUUAUCUUCAACACUGCUGGUUAAAGAAAGCGAUGAGGAGGAGCCAGCGGAGGAUCACCUUUUCCGGGCAGAGCCUGUAUUGAUUGACUCCAAUGAGGGAGACUUGACCGAUGAGAGGGCAUUGGAGCAUCGCUUCUCUGGCAAUGAGGAUGACACCUUACAGGCAUCCAUGAUCGCCCUGCACGGCAGCACCUGCAGCGCCGAUAUGGACUACCAGACUACCUUGCAGUCCUCCACACCCAAACGGAGUGCUCGCCUGGACUUGUUGACUGAGCAUCCCUUGGUGACGUUGUUCGGCCUUGUGGACGACACUGAACCCUUCUCCCCAGAGGAGAAGCCCAUCGUUUUCCCCCUGCCCAGGAGUAUUGGAGGUCAUGCCCUAACGGUUGACGACAACGCACUAACUAGCUCCGAUCAGUACUUGGCGCAUCACUUAACCCAAAUGGAGCCAAUGGAGCCAUCGGAUCUGUCAAACUCAUACAGUCCGUACACUGACCCUGAGCCUGGUUUGAAUGAUUUGGAGGAGCCAGUGCAGUCUCUCCAUUUUCAGGUGGAGUCCACCAUGGCCGUUGAGGACAUAGGGGAGAUGGAAGGCUUAAUGAAGGGGGAUGAGCCAUCUGUAAAGCAGUCCAAAGAGGAAGGGGAUGAGGUUAUAAUCACUGGGAGUCAUUUUGAAAGAACAAUCACUGUUGUCAAGGGCAACUCCAGUCUCGGAAUGACUGUGAGCACAAUCAAGGAUGGCUUGGGGAUGUACAUCCGCAGCAUCAUCCACGGAGGUUCCAUCAGCCGAGACGGCCGUCUGGGAGUGGGGGACCUAAUCCUAGUCAUCAACGGCGAGUCCAUGGCCAACCUGACUAACACCCAGGCCCGCGCCAUGCUCCGGAGACACUCCCUCAUCGGGCCAGACUUGGGAUCUGCUUGUGCCCCAGAGGAAGAUCUGUUCCCCUUUUAUGUCAUUACCUAUGUCCCUGUGGAGUAUCUGGAGGAGUAUAAGACUAGCCUGGAGCAGCCUAAAGAUGACAUCUGCUCUGAUGCACUUCCGGCCCCAAUAAGAGGAAUCCCAGAACUUCCUGAGCGGGAGGAUGGAGAGGGAGAGGAGAGCGAGUUACAGACCGCCACCUUCAGUAACUGGAACCAGCCUAUGAAGGUGGAGCUCAAAAGAGAAGCGGGCAAGUCCCUUGGCAUCAGCAUUGUGGGGGGCAGAGGGAUGGGCAGUCGCCUUACUAACGGCGAGGUGAUGCGGGGCAUCUUCAUCAAACAUAUCAUGGCGGACAGCCCCGCCGGCCGCAAUGGAACCCUGAAGACUGGAGAUAGGAUUGUUGAGGUGGACGGUGUGGACCUGAGUGAUGCCAGUCACGAGCAGGCUGUGGAGGCCAUCCGCAGGGCAGGAAACCCUGUAGUGUUCCUGGUCCAGAGUAUCGUCCACAGGCCCAGGUCGUCAACCACGGACACCAACGAGGAGAGAGUGGCGCGGCGCAAUAGUGACAAGCCGCCAAAGCGGGAAGCGGGAAAGACAUCGUCCACCACUCCUCACCUCUCUCUUCCUGUGGUUCCCCACGUUGGAGAGACAGACACGGAUACUCUGACAGAGAUUCCCGCCAGACCGUCCCAGACAGAAGAGGAGGAUAAGUUUGACUUCAGAUGGAAGAACAUCAGUCAGAGGUACGACAGCCUCCCAGGGCUUCUCCACAUGAUUGAGCUGGAGAAGGGGAAGACUGGCCUGGGCCUUAGCCUGGCUGGCAACCGUGACCGCUCCCGCAUGAGCGUGUUUGUGGUCGGGAUCGACCCCAGUGGAGCCGCCGGCAAAGACGGCCGCGUUGUGGUCGGGGAUGAACUGUUGGAGAUCAACGGGCAGAUUCUGUAUGGGCGGAGUCACCAGAAUGCCUCCUCCAUCAUUAAAAGUGCCCCAUCGAAGGUCAAGAUCAUAUUCAUCAGGAACACAGAUGCUCUCAACCAGAUGGCUGUGGGACCAGUGAGGGAGCAUGGAGACACACUGGAGCCCCAGACAGAACUGGAAACAUGUUCUUCCAUUGCACCCUCGGCGAUCGAUGUCGACAUGUUCAAAAAUGUGCAGCACGUCAUUCUGCUGAAGGAGGAGGGUGGAUUCGGCAUCACUUUCAGUGAGGACACCAAGGAUGGGCUUGUGAUUCAGAGUAUAAAUGAAAAAGGACCAGCAGGAAAGGACGGCAGCAUCAAAUCUGGAGAUAAACUCCUGGCUGUGGAGGAUAAGCCAGUGAUGGGCUACACUGUGGACAGGGUCCACUCUUUACUGAAGAAGGCCAAAAGCUCCGUGAAAUUGACUAUCUGCACAGACAAGUCAUCGCCCCUUCUCCCUCACUGUACUGGUCAGGCAACCAGCCGAGCCAGCAUUCAUAGAAUCUCCAUGGCUACCCUGGGCCAGUCUGAGUCAGAGCCAAUCAGGAGCUCUAGUCGCUCGUCCACCCCUGGCACUCUGGCUUCCUCUGACCCUGUGACCUGUCCCAUCAUCCCCGGCUGUGAGACCACCAUAGACAUAUCCAAGGGCCGCACAGGCCUGGGCCUCAGCAUCGUGGGGGGCUGUGACACUCUACUGGGGACCAUCAUCAUUCACGAGGUCUAUGAGGACGGAGCUGCCUCCAAAGAUGGGAGACUUUGGGCUGGGGACCAGAUCCUGGAGGUGAAUGGCAUUGACCUGCGCGUCGCCACUCAUGAUGAAGCUAUCAACGUGCUGCGCCAGACCCCUCAGCGGGUGCGUCUCAGUGUUUACAGGGACGAGGCUCAGUACAAGGAGGAGGACCUGUGGGAUGCCUUCACCGUGGAGCUGAACAAGAAGCCCGGCCAGGGCCUGGGCCUCAGUAUCGUGGGGAGAAGGAACGACACAGGGGUGUUUGUGUCCGACAUAGUGAAAGGGGGCGUGGUGGAGAGUGACGGGAGGCUGAUGCAGGGAGACCAGAUCCUGUCCGUCAACAAGGAGGACGUCAGAAAUGCUACCCAGGAGUUAGUGGCCGAGCUGCUGAAGUGUGGUGUGGGACCCAUAGUGAUGGAGGUGGGCAGAUUUAAAGCGGGGCCCUUCCACUCUGAGAGGAGGUUCUCACAGAACAGUCAGAUGAGUGACACAGGCAGCUGCAAGGUGACCCCUCACUCUCUGUCAGCCUCCUCUGGAAGCCUGCAAGUGGACUGUGACAGCUUACAACACACAAAUCAGGAGUCACUGGACCACCAGGAGAUCAGAAGUGUUGAAUUCACUAAGGGUCCCACUGAUUCCUUGGGCAUCAGUAUUGCGGGUGGAGUGGGCAGUCCCCUGGGUGAUGUGCCCAUCUUCAUCGCCAUGAUAAACCCUACUAGCCUCGUUGUCCAGACACACAAACUCAAGAUCGGUGACAUUAUCGUCAGUAUCUGUGGGACUGCUACUGAGGGUAUGAGCCACAGCCAGGCCGUCACCCUGCUGAAGAACGCCACCGGCACCGUCGGGCUUCAGGUGGUAGCAGGGAGUUAUACCACAGUGACCGGCCCCUUUCAUGAGCAAACUGCUACCGGACUCUCAGUCUCAGGUCUUACUGCUACUAGCAUCUUCCACGAUGACCUGGGACCUCCUCAAUAUAAGACCAUCACACUGGACAGAGGCCCAGACGGACUGGGCUUCAGCAUCGUUGGUGGCUUCGGAAGCCCACACGGAGACCUGCCCAUUUAUGUGAAAACCGUGUUCGGAAAGGGGGCAGCAUCAGAGGACGGGCAUCUGAAGAGGGGGGAUCAGAUUAUGGCUGUUAACGAACAGAGUCUGGAGGGGGUCACCCACGAGGAUGCCGUGGGCAUCCUGAAGAGGACCAAGGGAACAAUCACCCUGACUGUGCUUUCCUAGAUGCACACAUAGACAAAGAAUCAUACCUCGAGGUAGACACACACAUACACGCCUAAAGAAAUCUAUACUGAAAUGUGAACACACACAACCAUAUGUUCCUAAGCGCUAACCUUGUUUUGUAGCAAGAAACACUGUGAUCAAUAUUAUUUGAAGCUACUGCGGGUAGACUGACGUAUUCACUGUACACUGUGGCUCAGAUCAUCUAUACUCUAGUUUUCUGUGCUCGGACAUGGACUGUAGUGUUAUGAUAUUUAGGGUUAAUAGCCCUUGAAAAGAUUUCUAUAGAAUGAGGGCCAUUUUUAAGGCUUAUGCUACUGUAAACUGCUGUCCGUCCACUUCUAUAUUGAAGUCACUGUGGAUCUAGCGAAGCGACAGAGCAAGUCUAGACUCUUUGAAUAACAUUUCAGUAAUUUUUGAGUAAGGUUUUAUCUGUGAUGCAAAGCACCUUUUCAGAAGGGACAUGGUCUGAAAUCUUUGGUUUCUUGGUCAGAAGUUAUACAGGCCAAGUCUAAGUGUGUGUACGUGGUCAGUCAGGGAAAGGAGAGUGUGUGUAUGAGACAUUCACUGCUGCUAAUGCAUAUGAUGAUGUGAAGCCUUGUUUUACACUAUUUUAACAUUCAAGUAUUAAUUGUUUUUUUUCUGUCAUGACCGUACUUUGUCAUAAUAUGAUAGAAGGUGAAACCAGCCAACUUCUAUGGUCUAGCUCAGUUGUCUCCAACCCUGGUCCUGGAGAGCUACUGGGUAUGCAGGCUUUUGCUCCAACUUAGCACUUGCACAGCUGUUUCACAUAAUCAACCGUUGACAUUCUUCAAUAUGGACCACGAUUAGCCUAAUCAAGUGUGUUAGUGUUGGGUUGGAGCAAAAGUCUGUACACCCGGUUACUCUUUGGUAGGAGUUGGUGCUCCCUAUCUAUCUCAAACCUUCGCUGGAUACCCCAUGUUCUAGUUUCACAAUAAUGGAUCCCCUAUUCAACGUGGCAUCAGUCACACUCUUGUCACCCACCGUACAUGUGUACUUAGUAUUUCCAGCACAGUAUUGAGUUCACAGGCUGAAUUAAUAAAAUUGACCUUCAAACCCCA